AUUUAAACUCCCAGAGCCGUUAAGUUGGUUCGUACUCCAAUGCGCGCGCAACCAGGGUGGUGGCGGAGUGCGCAUGCGUGGUCCCGGGGCGAAGGGAACGCGCGCUUGCGGUGCGCGCUCGCGGCCGGGUGGUAGUGGCGGAGGAGAAAGGGGUCGGCGCACGCGCGGUUGAGUGCUCGAGUAGUUCGGGUCUCGCGGGCAUCUUGUUUUGGUCUCGCGGGCGAGUGGGGCGCACUUCGCGGGGAGGCGCUGGGCGCGAGACUAGGCGAGAAGAGCAAAGCUGCGCGCGCACUCGGGAAAGGGGGGGAAGGGAGCAGGGUCCAGGCAGGGGGGUUAAGCCCCCUGAUCCCCUUCGUUACCCCCACUGGGACGGAAUAAGGGGAGGAAAUGAUCGAGAUGGCGGCGGAGAAGGAGCCGUUUCUGGUGCCGGCCCCGCCGCCGCCGCUCAAAGAUGAGUCGGGCGGAGGGGGCGGCCCCACUGUGCCACCGCACCAAGAGGCCGCCUCUGGGGAGCUCUGCGGCGGGACGGAGCGUGGUCCGGGUCCUUGCGCGCCGUCUGCGGGGUCCCCGGCCGCUGGGGUCGGUCGAGAGAGCCCCGGGGCCGUGGCCACCCCCCCCGGUGGUCCCCAGGCGCAGCAGCACCGAGGAGGUGGCCCCCAGGCGCAGUCGCAAGGGGAGGCCCGCCUGUCGGAUCCCCCGGGGCGAGCCGCUCCCCCGGACGUGGGGGAGGAGCGCCGGGGAGGGGGCGGGACAGAGCUGGGUCCCCCUGCUCCUCCUCGACCCCGCAAUGGCUAUCAGCCCCACCGGCCACCUGGGGGGGGCGGGGGCAAGAGGAGAAAUAGCUGUAAUGUAGGGGGAGGCGGGGGAGGCUUCAAACAUCCGGCCUUCAAGAGGCGCAGGCGGGUGAAUUCGGACUGUGACUCUGUGUUACCCUCCAACUUCCUCCUGGGGGGCAAUAUCUUUGAUCCCCUGAACCUGAAUAGCCUCCUGGAUGAGGAAGUGAGCCGCGCCCUCAACGCGGAGACCCCUAAGUCAUCCCCCCUUCCGGCCAAAGGGCGAGAUCCAGUGGAGAUCCUCAUCCCCAAAGAUAUUACUGACCCGCUCAGUCUCAAUACUUGCACUGAUGAGGGCCAUGUAGUUCUUGCUUCGCCACUCAAGACUGGUCGGAAGCGGCAUAGACACCGGGGACAGCACCACCAGCAGCAGCAGGCAGCCGGAGGGAGUGAGAGCCACCCCGUGCUGCCCACAGCCCCUCUCACCCCCUCACUCCACGGGGAGGGCGCCUCACAGCAGCCGCGGCACAGAGGCCAGAACCGGGAUGCCCCCCAACCCUAUGAACUCAACACAGCCAUCAACUGCAGGGAUGAAGUGGUGUCUCCGCUUCCAUCUGCUCUACAGGGUCCCUCAGGCUCCCUAUCAGCCCCUCCAGCUGCCUCAGUUACCUCUGCACCCCCAUCUUCCUCCUCCCGACAUCGCAAACGUCGCAGGACUUCCAGCAAGUCGGAGGCAGGGGCUAGGGGUGGAGGCCAGGGUUCCAAGGAAAAGGGCCGAGGGAGUUGGGGAGGCCGCCACCACCACCACCACCCACUGCCUGCAACAGGCUUCAAAAAACAACAGCGCAAGUUCCAGUAUGGGAAUUACUGCAAAUACUAUGGGUACCGCAAUCCUUCCUGUGAGGAUGGGCGCCUUCGGGUGUUGAAGCCUGAGUGGUUUCGGGGCCGGGACGUCCUAGAUCUGGGCUGCAAUGUGGGCCAUCUGACCCUGAGCAUUGCCUGCAAGUGGGGCCCGUCCCGCAUGGUGGGCCUGGAUAUAGAUUCCCGGCUCAUCCAUUCUGCCCGUCAGAACAUCCGACACUACCUUUCCGAGGAACUGCGUCUCCCACCCCAGACUUUGGAGGGGGACCCGGCGACAGAGGGUGAGGAAGGGACCACCACCGUUCGAAAGAGGAGCUGCUUCCCAGCCUCGCUGACUGCCAGCCGGGGUCCCAUCGCUGCCCCCCAAGUGCCCUUGGAUGGAGCGGACACAUCAGUCUUCCCCAACAAUGUUGUCUUCGUCACGGGUAAUUAUGUGCUGGAUCGAGAUGACCUGGUGGAGGCCCAAACACCUGAGUAUGAUGUGGUGCUCUGCCUCAGCCUCACCAAGUGGGUGCAUCUGAACUGGGGAGACGAGGGCCUGAAGCGCAUGUUUCGCCGGAUCUACCGGCACCUACGCCCUGGAGGCAUCCUGGUCCUAGAGCCCCAACCCUGGUCGUCAUAUGGCAAGAGAAAGACCCUUACGGAAACAAUCUACAAGAACUACUACCGAAUCCAACUGAAGCCAGAGCAGUUCAGUUCCUACCUGACAUCCCCAGACGUGGGCUUCUCCAGCUAUGAGCUUGUGGCCACACCCCACAACACCUCUAAAGGCUUCCAGCGUCCUGUGUACCUGUUCCACAAGGCCCGAUCCCCCAGCCACUAAGUGGCCCCCUGAACAGAAAGCGUGAAGAGGAUGCCCUCGCUGCUCCUAAGGACCUGAGGGAAGAGGAAAGUGUCCCAGGGUCUUUCCUUUCUGACUCCAAAAAUAGUUUCCUUUCUUGGAUCUGCAAAGAAAGCUUUUCUUCCGUCGCUGCCUCAGCCUCCUCCCUACGCCUCUGGCACCUGUGCAGCAAGGCUGGCUGUGCUGGAGUCACCAUCAUCUUCCUCUCCCCCAGCCUCCCAGGCUGGAUGGCAUGGACUGUUUGCUGACCUCUGUUUUCUUAGGGCAUGGGAGGUGGGAGGAUAUCAAAUUCUCUAGCCCUUUCCUCCUAUUCUCCCAAGGAGAGAGAUUCCCAUUUCUCCUCGGCUGUUGUCCCUAGCUGCAUUUCAGUGGACCAUGGAUAGAUGGACUGAGGGUUCAAGGGGAAAGCCUGGCAGGGAGGCACACAGGUACUGUGAAAAUCCUUCCCUCCGUCCUCCCCCAGUGGGAGAGGGGGUUGGGUUUUGAAUGUGAGAACAGCACAAUAAACUUGAUGUCUAGGGCAGUGGCCCCCACA